AUGGCCUUGUUAAGGAUUAUUUCAUUGUGCACCGCUUUGCUUCUAUUGAGCAUCUGCGCAUCUGCACAAGAUGGGCAGGGGCUCAUAUCAUGCCUUCAACAAAAGGGCAUCACAAACUUGACCACUUCUACUUCUUCCUCUGCAUACGAUUCUCUCUUGCGGUUUUCACUGCAGAACCUGAGGUUUACAGAACCAGGCGUCCACAAGCCAUACGUGUUGAUUCUGCCAUACAAGAGAGAACAAGUGGUGGAUUCGGUAGGGUGCUGCAUCAAACACGGCUGGCAGAUCGUUGUGCGCAGCGGAGGGCACAGCUACGAAGGUCUCUCCUCCACUUCUGAUGCCCCGAAUUUCGCUAUCAUCGACCUCAUCAACCUCGACCGUGUAACGGUCGACAUGAAGUCUAAAACAGCGUGGGCAGAGGCAGGCGCGACUUUGGGACACUUGUACUCUGCCAUUGGACGAAAAUCCGCAGACUACGGCUUCCCUGCGGGAGUGUGCCCUACGAUAGGCACGGGCGGCCAUUUCAGUGGCGGCGGAAUGAGUUUGCUCUCCAGGAAAUACGGCCUAGCCGCCGACAACAUCAUCGAUGCGGUGCUCGUGGACGCAAAUGGUAAGUUGUUGGAUAGAAAGAGCAUGGGUGAAGAUCUGUUUUGGGCGAUCCGAGGCGGCGGUGGAGGAAGCUGGGGCGUCGUCAUUGCAUGGAAAGUCCGACUGGUGAGAGUGCCUCGCAAAGUAACGGUGUUCAAUGUGCACAGAACGGGGCGAAAUCAGGUGACCGACCUUGUCUAUCGCUGGCAAUCCAUUGCACCUCUGGUUGAACGGGAUCUCUUUAUUCGCGCCGUCAUAUCAGGCACCCAAUUGCAAAGUGGCCAGAAGGACGUUGCUCUCACCUUCAAUGGAAUGUAUCUGGGCCCCCUCGACCGACUGCUCAAAGUGGCUAACGAAAGUUUCCUUGAAAUGGGAAUCGUUGCUGGAGAUUGCGAGGAGAUGAGUUGGCUAGACUCUAUAUCUUCCACCUCACAUACCACUACGAGCCAGCUGCUUAGCAGGAAUAAUACCAACAAAGGCUACUUCAAAGCAAAAUCUGAUUUUGUUACGAGCCCGAUAUCGCCAUCGGGCUUGGAGGGUGCAUGGAAGUUCUUGGAAGAGGAGCUUAGCGGUUAUGUUAUUUUUGCUCCGCUGGGAGGAAGAAUGUACGAGAUACCGUCGUCGAAGACUCCGUUUCCCCACAGAGAAGGGUAUUUGUACAACAUACAGUAUCAAGUAACGUGGAAAGACACCAGCAAGGAAUCGGGCUUGGUCGAUUGGAUCCGAAGAUUUUACAGAUACAUGACUCCUCAUGUAUCCAAAUCGCCCAGAGGUGCCUAUGUGAACUAUAUAGAUCUGGACUUGGGCACAGCCGUGAAUGGAACAGCUAGUAUUGCAGAGGCAAGAGCUUGGGGUGACAAGUAUUUCGGAGGCAAUUUCGAUAGGUUGGUGAAGGUAAAGACCAAAUUUGAUCCCAACAAUGUUUUCAGGAAUUCCCAGAGUAUUCCUGUGAACAAGUGA